GUGAAGGGGAGACUACCCUAAACAUCAGUCACGUGACUGCCAAGUGUCGAGAAGAUGGAGUCUACCAACAUAGAGACGUAUGGGGACGGAUUUUGACAUGUACUUGCUACGAGUUAUGUGUUGCCACAACCGAGGCAUACAUUGAUGUAAGAAGAUGGAAAAAUCUCAGAAUAUGAGAGAAUGCUAGAUUGAAUAACGCUUGGUGGAGUAGUUGGCAGAUGUUUGAGAUGGAUGAGCAGUAAGGAGUCUACAGGUUGCUGGUAGAAAAGAAAAAUAAAUCAGCAAAAUGGCUGACAGUGAGCUUCAGAUGCAAGUAGAGCAGCAGCAGCUGAUGAUCAACCAGCUGAAAGAGCUCAUCCGCCUGAGAGAUUCUGACCUUGACAAAAAGGAAAAAGAGUUGCAUGAUACAACCACCAAAUUAUCUAAAAUGAAAUUACAAAACAAAGCAAAACAGGCCAGAAUGUCCAAAAUGGAGGAAUCUAAAAGAGAGCCAGUGGAGGAAAAGACUGAAACUGCUGAAAUGCAUAAAGAGGAAGCAUCAGUAUCUCAAGCCAGUCGUGCCAAAAUGACAUUGCUGAAAAAAAGGUUGGAAGAAAAGGAUCGCAUCAUUAGCGAGAAGGAUGAAGUCAUCAAGACACGAGAGCAACAGGUGGAGGCGAAGGAGCGUGUUCUUGCCGAAAGAGAUUCAUUUAUAAAUAGUCUUAAUGAGCAACUGGAAGAGAAAACCAAAAUAUUGGAGAACCUCCAGGCAGGCCGAAGUUUUGCAUGUGGUGAUGGUGAUUCAGAGACACAGGUGCAGGCGAUGUUUGCUCAAAUGGUGUACAAGGAUCGCAUGAUCAUGGAGCUGAAUAAUAAAAUUCUGGAACAGGAUCGGAAAGUGAUGGAUCUUCAAGAGCUUGCUGGUGAAAAGCAAGAGGUCAUCAGAGGUCGAGAUAAAGUAAUUGAGAUCUUGCAGGCAUCCAUCAAAGAAAAGGAGCAGAGUUUUAAUGAUCAUACAGCACUUAUUGCCAAGCUGACUGCUAGGAUUGAGAACAAUGAAGAGGCCCAUGACAUGACAAGAGAAAACUUGCGGAAAGCAGAACAUCUGCUGAAGUCAGAAACUGAUCGAUUUCAUAUCAAACUGACUGAAACCCAAAAGUAUUUUGAAGAAAUGCUGGCAGAGUUAGAUUCUGAGUGUCAGCAGUUGAAGAACACUAUCAGAGAGAAGGACAAAGAACUCACCACUCGGGAGAAUGAUCUUCGGGAAGUCAUUGUCCGACAUGAACAGGACAUCCAGCGGAUUAUGUCCAAGGAAGAAGUCAAUAUUCAGGAUGAGAUCAUUCGCAUGUUUGAACAGAAGCUGAAAGACACUAAUGAUGUUCUUGAAGGCAAAGCCAGGGUGAUAGAGGUUCUACAGAAAGAGUCAGCAGACAAGGAGAAGGAACUGCAAGAAAACAAAGAUGCUCUUAAAAUGCUUAGAGAAAAACUGCAGGUGACAUCAGAGCAGCUGAUGCUUCUUCAGGCUAACUUUGUAGACAAGGAGAAUGAAUGGAGGGAAGAGAAGCAUCGACUAGAUGUUAAAAUGCAUGAUGCUGCUGAGAAACAUGAACUUGAGUUGUCUGAGAAGGAACUGCAGAUUCAGACAUUGAGGUCAUCACUUCAGCAGUAUGAGUAUGCGUACAGUCAAGCAGCCAUGCAGUACAGUGCUUUGCAGGAAAGGUAUCAGCAAGCAUUUGAAUCUCAAGCAGUGCAUCCAGCACAAGAGCUGGCAGCACCUCUUUUGACUUCUUCCCAUGCUACUGGUGCGACCUCGGACAAAGAUAAUCUCCAGGAGAUGUUGGACAGGUUGCAGAAGGAGCUCCAGGAGAAGACUGAGCAGCUAGAGGAAGCCAGAAAAAUGGCUGAGGAGGGGGGUGGUAAGAGUGAGACAAAGAUGCUGAAGUUGAAGGCACAGAUGACAUCCAAGAUCAGAGCUCUGGAGAAAGAACUGCAGGAAUUACGACAGGGAAGUGCCCUUGCUGAUGAAGUGGUGCAGCUGAGAAAUAAAAUGGCAGAACUGGAGGAUGAAAAGGGUAACCUGCAGCUCAGACUGGUUGAUUUUGAAGAAACUAAAGCUUCUCUGACUUCAAUGGAAAACCAGAUUAAAGAUUUGGAAGGCAGCCAAACACAGGCACAGCAAGAACAAGCUAAACUUGCUGCAGACAUGGAUGUUGUCAUAGAUGAGCGCAACAAGUACAGCCAGAUUGUGGCGGACCUUCAAAUACAAACAGAAAGCCUGAUGGAACAGGUGAGUGCUCUCAAGAAGGAAGUCCAGUCCCUAGAGGCAUCGAAGCAAGAGUUGCAGGGAGAAAAAGUUUCGUUAGAAGUCCGAAUGGCAGAGCUGGAGGAACAGAGAGAAGAGCUGGAAAAGGAGAAGGCAGAACUGUACAAAGAGAUUGAAAAAUGGCGAGAAAGAGUAGAAUAUGAGAAGCAGCCAAAUAUUGCUUUUGAAAAAGAGAAUGAAGAAAUGCGGUCAAAAGUGGAAAUACUUGAUAAAAAGUUGCAAGAAGAGGAGGUUUUAAACAAGCAACAGAAGGAAGAGAUAAACUACCUAACUGCUGAACUCCUUGCUUUGAAAAAUGAACAGUCUGAACUGAAGUUGGAACAUGACAAACUGAAAUCAGAGUUAGAAGUUACCAAAGGGUCACUUGAAGAUGCAAAUGUUGAGGCCCAGAAGCUGCAGGGAGAAGUGCAAGAGCUGCUGACCAAGGUGACUAAUGCAGAGAUACAGCUGGAACAAACUCACAAAAAACAUCAGACUGAGAUGGAAGACCUUCAAAUAAUGUUGACGGAGACCCGUGAACAGCAGGAGGAGGUGACCACAGAUCUUCAGAAGAAGCUCACCAUGUAUCAGGAGCAGGCACAAAGACUUCAGGGCGAGCUUGCUGAAAGAGCUUCCCUGGUCAGCAAGCUGGAACUGCAGGUGACGCAGAUGGCCAGGGAGGCAGGUCUGCGGGAGGGACAGAGUGAGAGAGGAAAAGAGUUCGAGUCCAAGACCCGCUCCUUGCUGACUCAGCUAUUGUCAGAGUUGGAAUCAGAGCUGAUGCAUCAGCAGGAGCUGUCUGGAAAGUUUGAGGAAGAAGUUGCACGGCUAAACUAUGAACUACAGGACAAGCAGCAAACGAUAGACUCCCUAACUCUCAAAUCCACAGACAUGUCUUUGAAAAUGGAGCAGCAGCAAACCAAUCUGAUUCAACAGGCCAGUGAACUUGCAUCCCUCAGGGAGGAAUUAAGGCUGCAGCAGGAAGAGUGUGCAGAACUCAAAAAGACUAUUGCUUCACAUGAAUCACAGACAAAGAGUGAACUUACAGAUAAGGAAAAGGAAUUGUCCAGUCUGUCUGAAAAGUUGAAUAGCAUUUUUUCAGUUUUGGAAGAAGAAAAGGCCAAAUUAAGAAAGUCAGAAGAGACCAUAGUUGAACUGCAGACACAGCUUCAAAGCAAAGACUCAGAAGUUGAAGAGAUGCAAAAUUCCUUGGAACAAGUCCAGUCAGUAUUGAUGGAGAAGACUGCCAUGUACACUGCUUUACAGAAAGACUUUGAAAGGUUAAAGCAGGAGAAAGAGUCUUUGGAAGGUGACCAUCAGAGCAGUCAGGCUCAGUGUUCAGAGCUGCUGCAGACUCAGAAGCAGAUGGAGCAGGAAGCGGAACUCCUAAAGGGAGAUUUGGAAGAGAAGGCUGGAAAGCUGAAUGCUCUUAUGCAGUCUAUGGAUGACACCUCAUCCAGCAACCUGGAAGUGCUGCAAGCAAAGGAUCUGGUAAUUCAGAGUUUAAAGACUGAAGUGGAGGAGUUGAAGUCAAUCCUAGAGAAGCAUCAAGAGUCAAUUGUCUUACUGGAAACCUCUUUACAAGAAAAGGAGCAGUUGCUGCUGGAGAAGAAGGGGCAAGUGGAGCUGCUUUCGGCAGAGGUGAAUAACCAACAAGAAAGUCGCUGUGGUUUGGAGAGCUGCUUGAGACAUACAGAAGACAGGAUGGCAGCAAAGGUGAGGAGCUUGUCUGAAACUAAUCAACUUCUGUUACAGGAAAAAAACCAACUUUCUCUUUCUCUUGAUGGCACCAAACAAGCUCUGUUUUCGCUUGAAUCUCAGGCACUUUCUCUGAAAGAGUCCAUGGACUCUUUGCAAACCUUGUUCGAGUCUAAAUGUGCUGAGUGUCUCUCUUUGUCCGAAAAACUCAAUGGCUUGCAGUCUUUGCACGAAGAGAAGGUAGAAGAAUUAUCUAAAGUAAAAGAACUGCUAACUAGCCUGCAUGUAAGUUUGGAAGAAAAGCACAUUGAGGUGUCUUCCCUUAAGGAGUCCCUCAAAUCAUCCAAGGAUCUGCAUGAAAAAGAUGUAGAAAAUUUAAAUUUCAAACUUCAUGAGCAUGCUGGUCAGGUGCAUGAUCUGAAUUCUUGCAUGAACACUUAUACCUCUGAAAUAGCCUCUUUGAAGUUACAGCUAGUGGACAUUAAGCAGGAGAAAGACGUGUUGCAUGAAAAACAUGUUGCUGUGUGUUCACAGCAUGCAGAGGAGAUCUCUAAUCUAAAGCUGACAUUGCAGAGUGCCUUAGAUAAGAAUAGCAUCUCAGAAGCUGAGCAGCUGGUGGAAAUUUCCUCUUUGCAGAAGCAACUGGAAAGUGCCUUGCAUGAUGUGACUAGCCUGCAAGAGAAGCUUGUUAUCUGUGAGCAGCAGGAGGAGGUCAAAAUCGGUUCGCUGAUGUCCAAGCUGCACGACAUCUCUCAGGAAAAAGAGACCUUGCAUGGUGUACACAUUGAUCUUCAAACUGCUCACCAGUGCCUUGUCAGUCAGUUAGAGUCCCUCCAGCAGAAGCUACAGUCUAGUGAGCAUGAACUGCAUGAUGCCUUAGCCUCCCUGGCCAGUCUGCAGCAACAAAGGCAGCAGGACCUGUCUUUUGUGUCUGUGCAUUGUUCAGAAAUUGUUCAGUGCUUAUCUUCUCUUCCUGACUUCAAACCUACUGGUGAGAUCAACAUGGAGAAUGUAUCAUUAACAGAUAUUUCUUGCAUUGUGCACAAUGUGGUUGCAAGUGUGAAGUCAAAGUCAGCUGAUGACGAGAAAACCAUUCAGGAGGAAAGGAGCAGAUUUUCUCGGGUGUGUGCUGAACAACAGGAAAAGGUUUCUAGUCUUUUGCAAGAACUUAGUAACCAAAAGGUCUUAGCAUUCGAAGAAAGUUCAGCUUUGCAGGCCCAGAUACAGUCUUUAGGUCUGCAGUUGAAAGAGAGUGAAGAAAAAGUAAACAAUCUGGUGCAGGAACUUGCAGAUGAAAAAACCAAGUGCUGGGAGGAAUGCUUAUCGUUUAAGAAAGCCAUUGAGUCCCUGGAGAUUACUUUAGCUGAACAAGAGGCAAAAAACAAACAGCUGAUGAAUGACAUUGCCCAAGAGAAAGAUGCUGGGUCAGAGAAAUGCUUAUCAUUACAGUCCACAAUUAGCAUGGUAGAAGAUGAAAUCAGUAAUGUUAGAGAAACUUUGGCCAAUGAACUUACUCAGAACAGAAUUUUGCAGGAGACAGUUAAGACCUUGCAAGGCAGAAUUAGAACUUUGGAAGAUGACAACCAGGACCUUACUGGGAAACUGUCUGAUGAGAAGGCCUCUUGCUGUGGUCUGCAGGCAAAUGUUGAGUCUUUGCAGCAAAUAGUAAAUAGUCUGAACAGCACCAUGGUUGAAGAACAGAGGACAGCUGCCACAAAGUAUGAGAGCCUUGUGGCCUCUCUGCAAGAAAAUCUGAAAGCACAGACAGAGUUAUUGGAAAUCAAGGAAAAGGAUCAAGAGAUGCUUGAGCAGCAGCUGAGAGAGUCAAGCAGCAAAAUAAUGCUGUUAGAAAAAGAGAUGGGCGAAUGCAGGUCUAAGACUGAUGACCUUGAAUGUGUCGUUUCGCAGCAGCAUGCUGUUAUCAGUGAAAAGAAUGAGACGUUGGCUAAAAUCAUAGGUGUGAAAGAUUCACUUGAGAAUGAGAAGAAGGACUUGAAGCCAUCAAGCUCCCUGAGGGAGGGGUUGUUAAAGACUGAAGAUGCCCAAAAUAAGCUAGCUGUUGAAAAAGAUGAGCUCCUGUUGGAAGUGUGCACAUGGAAGGAGAAGUGCCAGGAAAGAGAAAUGAGCUUGGCUGAGCUAAAUGCUGUCUUAGCCAAGUCCAAAGAUGAAGCCACACAGACCUUCGCAUCUGUUCAAAACACUUUGACAGACCUGCGAGAAGAAUUGACAGAAAGGAUUUCCACUGCUGAAGACCUGGGGCAACAGUUGAAGAGUGUAGAAGCUGAUCUGCAAGCCAGAACUCUUUUGUGCCAAAAUCUAGAAGCCAAGCUUUCCUCUGAGAAGAAAGAAAUAGGAAGUUUGAAUGAACAGUGCAGUCUUUAUGUUGAAACUAUUAGUAGUCUGCAGAUGCAGCUUGGUGUAAUUGAGUCAGCACUCCAAGAAGCAGAAACAGAGAAAAAUGCUUUGCAGUGUGAACAACAUUCUUUUUACAAAAAGUACAGAAGUCUGAACUUUUGUAUAAAUGUGUUGAGAGUGAGUGCAAGUGAUGAAGUUGUGAGAAUGCAAAAAGAAAUGUAUGAACUUGUUGGACAAGUGGCCGACACAACAAAAGCUCUGGAAGAAAAGGACUCAGCAAUAGGUGACCUUCUGAGACAAGUUGAAGAUUUGAAGUCCAGCAUGUUGAACCUAAGGAAAGAGAAAGCUUUGCUGAAGGAACAGUUAGCAGCCCAACAAAAUGUCUGUGAGGAGCUCAGUGUGCAGCUUCAAGACAUGGAGCAGAAGACAACUGCUAGGCUGAUGGAACUGGACACAUUAGCUAUAGAGAACAAGAGGCUGGAAGAAAUUCUGCAGAAGGAAAAACAAAGUCACCUAGGGAUGGUUCAGACUUUGGAGGAAACAAUACAAAAACUGGUAUCAGAAAAUUCCACUCUCACAGAGAAGCUGACCAGUGCUCUGUCUCAACUUGUUCAGGGGCGGGAUCAAAUAGCAGUCCUGGAAAAGGAGAAGAGUUCUGUUUUUCAAGAACUGUCAGCACUACAAACGGAACUUUCUGAAGUAAAGACAGAGAAUGCCUUUCUCCAUGCCCAUCAACAGGAAAGUCAAACUAGAGAAGCUGAGUUACAGGAGCAGUUACAUGAAAAGGCGACAGUACUUGAGAUUCUGGCAGAAGAGUACCAGAAUCUUUCAGAUAAAGAUUGUGUGACUGAGAUUUCUUUUCAGAAAUCUUUGAAGAAAAUCAAAACCCUGAUGGACAUGGUUGCUGCCACUUUAGAAGAAAAAGAUGUCUUGUCAGAAGUGGUGUCAAUAACAAGGAAGAAUGAAGUUGGUCAGGAGGUAGUUCUGCACUUAGAGGCAGAGCUGAAAGCAGUUCAAGACCAGCUGCAGUCAGUCUGUGAAGAGAGCCAGAGCAGACUUCAGCAGAUAGAGUCCUUGCAGACUGAACUGGAAACUGCCAUGAGAGUAAACUAUGAAAAUGUUGACAACAUAGAGAGGCUUCAGGCAGAAAUACAGCAUCUGUCUGAAAUGCUGGAUCUUACAAGAACUGAGAAUCAGGCAAGAACAGAAGAAGUGCAGAAACUCACAGCAGAACUUGAAAAAGCUUUAAAUGAACUUGGAGAAUCAGCACAAGCGAGUAGCUUAAACCUGGGCAGACUGCAGGAGUGUGAGGCUCACUUGGAGAAGACAGUUGAUCAUCUUGGGAAAGUUAAUGGUGAAAAUGAGGCCCAUUUGCAACGGAUCCAUUGCCUUGAGAAGGAGCUAGAGGAAGUGAAGGGGCAGCUUCGAUGUGUGACUGAUGAAAACCAAAACAGUCUGGGGCAGAUGCAGUGUCUGGAAGCCGAACUGACAAUAUUACAGAAAAAAGUGUUAGAAUUCAAUGAUGAAAGGGAGCAACUCAAAAAGACACUUAACACCACAACAAGCGAUCUUAAGACUCAGUUAAGAGAAAGUGAUGAACACCUACAGAGUGCUGAAGAAACUAUCAGUAGAUUAAGAGCAGGUAGUGACAUUCAAUCUGCAAAGCUGCUAGAAAUAGAGAGAAGUUUGGAUGCUGAAAAAGAAAGAAAUGUUCUUCUGUUAGAAGAAAGAAAUAGACUUAAAGCACAGCUAUGUCAUGUCACCGAAGAGAAAGACAUUCAGCAGAAAUCUUUCUUUGACACAUAUGAAUUGAUGAAAGAGAGACUUGAGGAAGCAGUUUCUGAAAAGGAGUCCCUGUCAUCAAAAUUAUGCCAUCAACUAAAGGAAUCUCUGAUUGUGAAGACAGAGUUGUUGUCGGUCCAGAAGAAUUUGAAAAAUGCAGAAGCUACUUUGCAGAAGACAGCAGAAGAGAAAGAUGUGUAUGUCAAGACAAUUUCAAAGCAACUAAAAGAUAUGGCAGGCACAGCAGAGAGGCUGAAAGAUGAAAUUGAUGAAAAGGAGCAACAGCUAGCAGACAUGGUACAUGAGUUGGGAGUCUGCAAGGCGAAGCUGGAGGAAAAGUCUUUACUCAUAGAAGAAAAUCUCAGAGCAAAAGAUUACGUGAUGAAGCUUCUUGAAGACGAUAAAGCUGAGCUAGCUGUUUUCACAGCUCAGAACAUUCAGCUUCAGGAAAAUCUUUCCUGUGAGCAUCAGAAAAACGACUACCUUCGCAGGGAACUUGCAUUGAAAAGUGAAACAUGCUGUGUGGUAGAACAGGAUUUGCAGUCUCAGACCAUGAAAUUGAAAGACUUAGAGUCCGUUAUUACUGAAAGGAACCAAUCUCUUUCACAGCUUCAACAAAAGGUUGAUGCAUCUUUGGAGGAUGUUCAUCAUCUUACAUUGCAGCUUGAAGAAAGAGACAUCUUGGUGAAGAGGCUUCAGGCAGACCUGCAGAGCACUUCAACAGAACUCAAGGACACUCAACAAGAGCUGCAGUUAUCCUUUGAAAGCAACAGAGAGGCAGAAGACUCAAGGGCAGAGCUCAACAGCAUGAAUGAGAAUCUCCGAGGAAAGCUGAAAGAAAUUGAUGUAUUACAAGAACAGGUGCAGACUUCCCAAGAGUCUCUUGCUGUUAUUCAAGAAGAAGUAGCUGAUAAAACCUCGAGACUUUUUGAGCUGCAGGAGAGUAAUAGACUGCUGAAGGAAGAAAUUGCAGGACUAAAGGAAGUGAACGUGUCACUGGAAGUUGAAGUCGAGUCCAAAAAUGAGAUUGAGAUUUCUCUUGGAAAACAGCUGUCUGAGCUUCAGGAAGAGCGUGCUAUUCUUGUCCCAUCAUUGCAGCAGCAAAUUCAGACCAUGGCAUCAGAACUAGAGAAAGUCAGGCUGGAGGUGGAAAAACUUAGGGCAGAAGCCAGUCAUCAGUCUGAAGAAAUCAGUCACCUGAGGAAAACUCUUCAGGAGAGAAACCUACAGAUCUCUAUAUUUACUGACAGUGACAUACUGCUUCAGGAUGCUUUAGACUCUAACCGUAGUCAACUUGCAUCUGCACUACAUAAGGAAAAACGACUUAAAGAAACACUUGAGUACCAAGAUCAUCUGCUUGAAGCCAAGGAGCUGAUCAUACAAAGUCUGACACAGGAUGUUGAGAAACAAAAAGACAGACUAUUACAAUUAGCGGCAGCAGAAAACAAACUGUCAGAAAGUGUAAGUCAGUGCAAAGCAGAGCUAGUUGCGAAGGAGGAAAACAUUCAGCACCUUUGUGAUGACCUGGAAAAGGCUACUACAGCCAUAAGAGCAGGGAGCAAGAACUGGAAAUGCUGUCCAGCCAGUAUAAAGAUAGCCAAUUCACUGUUGCAGAACAAGAAAGAGAAAUCAACCACCUCAGGAUUAACGUACAGAACAGUUACAGGCUGUGGAGCAGAAGCUGCAUGCUUUGGAAGAGCACAGUCAGCAGAUGGAGGAGGAUCUUACCAAUUUCAAGACUCUGCUCAAGGACAAGAAGAGAAGAACCAGAUGGAUCUUACCAGCCUGACCCGUUUGCAGACUGAUAAAAAUGACCUUGAGGUGGCCUUGAGUGCCAUGACUCGUAAGACAGCGGAACUUGAAGCAAGUUUGGAAGAUUUGGAGAAAAAAUGUUGUGCAUCUGAUAAGAGUGUUGUGGAAAUAAAGGCAGUGUUACAAAAUGAGAGAGAAAAAAUUGCUGACUUGGAGGCAAGUUCUUCUGAACUUCUUAGCCUACAGCAGGACUUGCAGGCUAAUUUGUCUGCGACUGAGAAGCUACUUGCUUCAGCCAAUCAGAACUUAGAAAGAAGUUUUAUGGAGAAAGAUGAAGUGAAAAAGGAAAAUGAGAAACUUCUGAAUUCCUUGGAAGACAGAGAAAUUAUUCCCAAUUCCCAGCUAGAGAACACCAUUUUGGAAAAGGACACCAUUGUCCAGAAGAUGGAAGCUGAACGUGAUGUGCUUAAACAAGAGCUGGAAGAAAAGGACCUGAUCUUGAAGGAACAAGAGAUGAAGCUUGGUGACCUGAAGCUUGAACUUUUGCAGUCCAUGGAACAACAAAGUGCUUUAACUGCACAGAAUGACCAGUUGAUCAAGGACCUGCGGAGCGUUGUGAAAGAGAAGGAAGACAUACAGGAACAGUUAUCCCAGCUCAAGCAUCAAAGAAAUGAGAGAGAAGAGAAGAUACAGGAGAUGGAGAGGCAGUUGAAGUCAGGCCACCAGCAUGUGGAGACUGUUCAGACAGAGCUGGGUGAAGCCAUUGCUGAGCUUACACGCAAAGGAUCGGAGCUUCAGUACAUCAAAGAGCAGUGGGAUAGUUUGCAGAAGGAGAGCAAUGAUGGCUCUAGGCGCAUUGAGGAUCUGGAGAAUGUUGUGGAGCAGCUCCAAAAUAUGGCAGCCAGGCUGAAAGAGGAGAAACAAUUGAAUGAUCAGACCCUCACGUCCAACCUGGAAAAGGUCAACACUGCCCUCUUUGAAGAGAGAACCAAAACAGGCAAGAUUCAAAAGGAGAUGCGGGAGCUGAAGAGUGCCUUACAGGCAGUGAAGAGCAAGUUUAUGAAAAUAAAAGGUGAAAAGAAUCACAUAGAAGGUGAGCUUCUUGUUAAUGUAAAGUCCAGCAAGGCUGAUUUGGAAAAGCUUAGGAACACUUUAGGGGAAACACAGGCUGGGAUGAUUUUGAACAAAACUACCAUAGACCAGCUGAAGGCUGACUUGGAAGUGUGCAAAGAAGGUAGAGAGGAGUCCAAACAAAUGCUGUUUCAGGUGAAAACAGACUUGCAAGAGCACAUGGAUAAGAGAAAGAAGACAGGUGAAGACCAAGCAGCCAUCAACCAAAGUCUCAGUGAAACCAGAGUGGCAAUUGAGUUUCUCCGCCAUUCCAUCCUCAACAUUGACAGCUCUUCCAGAACCAGCAUUUCAAACUUUGAAGAUCUGUUGCUUCAGGUUAAAGAAGAAAGAAAUUCCAGAGAAUCCCUUAGUGAGCAAGUUUUACUUGCAAGUACUGCUUUCACAACUUUGAAAUCUAACCUGGAACAGGUGCUUGAGCAGAUCUGUAAAGAGCAAAGCCAUUUGUCAGAAAGCAAGAGUGUUGUUAAUGACCUUGAUGAAAAUACAAUGGCAGAGAAGCUCAGUGCUGUGGAGUCAAGGGUUCAGAAGUACAUUGAUGCCAUGGUGGACUUAGAACAGCAGGUCUGCGGCUUCAUAGAAGAUAAAACGAAAGCCAGGGAAGAGAGGGACCUUGAGUGUACCAAACUGCGAGAAGAAAUGAACAAUAUAAGGGAGCAGAUUACAGAGGACUGUGCCAAGAAAGAGGAUGAACUGUCCAUUUGGAAGACCCAUUCUGAAACACUGACAACACUGCUAGAGGAAGCAAGGACUGGGCUUGAAGCAGUCCAGAAAGAGAACCAUGUCCUACAAGCAGAGAUGCAGCAGCUUAAAAAGAACCACUUGGACCAUGAGGCAGAACUGCAGGAAGAACAAGAGGCACUUAAACUCAUCCAACAAGAGAAAGAUGAACUCACUACUUUGAGCAGAUCUCUGAAAGAUGCCAAUGCUGUUUUGCAUCAAGAGCUAGACAAAGCUCAUGCUGAUACUUACAUGAGAGCUUUCUCCCAGGCAGGAGAAAAAAGCAAGCAGAUAGAAAGUUUGCUUUCGGAGGUCCAUACUCUUCAAGAGCAUGAGAAGGACCUCAUUGAAACAAAUACUGAGCUUAAGAAACAGGCUGAGGAGAUGGCAAACAGGGGAUUGCAUCAAGCUUCAGAACUUGCAACACUGCAGCUCCAAUUGCAGAUGAUGGUUGUACAUAUUACAGAGAAAGAAUCUCUGGCCAUUUCAAGCUCUUCAGCAGCAACCAAACUGUCAGAUGAAGUGUCUAGGCUGAAGACCCGGUGUGCAGGACUUGCCAGUGAGUUGCAGGAAAACAUAAAUAUAAAGGAACAAAUUGAAGUGCAGCUACUUCAAGAGAAGGCAGAAACAAGUCAGCUGAAGAACAUCCUGGAGCAGAAGAUGUCUGAUGCUGACCUCCUUCUGAAGAAAAGCCACGAGGAACUGAAAACAAAGAAAGAAGACUUUGAAUCUGUCAUUGCUGAGAAAACGAGGCUGCAGGAAGAGCUGAAGGAGAUAAGGGAAGCCCACCAAGAUCAGGCUGAUUUGCAAGCAGUUGUGACAGCUUCUGCCAGUGAGAUAGUUGAGCUGAAUAGCAAAGUAAGUAGUUUACAAGAAGAAAAAGGCCAGUUGAUCAGCCAGUGUUCUAGCCUCCAACAAGUUUGUGGGACUUUGCAAGAAGAUAAAGAUACCUUAAUUUCUCAAAAGGCUAAGUUGUUGCAGGAUGGGGCUGAGAGCAACAGAGCACACCAGGAUCUGUUGGAAAAGCUUGAGAGGUGUGAAGAAGCGAAUAAAAUUUUAAUGCAAGAACAUAGAAGUUUAAAAUGUGACUUGGAUGAGAGAACUUCCCAGUUUGUUGCUUUGCAAGCCAUCUGUAAAGACCUGCAAGAAGCUGUAGAUGCCAGGGCAGCUGCUGAAGAAAUUCAUCAUUGCCAGAUCGAGAAGCUUACUGCUUUGAAAAAUAGUCUACAACAUAGUAGAACUACACAAGAAGACAGUGGCAAACAGCUCCAUAGGCUGGAAGAAGAAAGGAAGCUGUUAGUUGAGAAGGUAAUUUCCUUAGAAGAGCAGCACAAAGUUAUUGUGGAUGACAAUGCCAGGCUGGCUGUCCAGAUUAAUGAUAAGAAUGUAGAAAUAAACACACUUGUAGAGAGAUUUCAGAGUUCGCAGGACAGACUUCAAGAAACUGAGGCAGAAUGUAGGGACAUCAAGUCGAUUCUUCUUGAGAAAAACAACUUGAUUCUGGACCUGGAAGCCAGAUUUAAGAUGGCAGAGAGCGAACUUGAACAGCUUCAUGAACAGUACGCUAUAGCAAACAGUGCACACAAGCAUUUUUUCAGGCUAGAGAAACAGUACGCAGCUUUGGAUACCAUUUCCACUGAAAGCAAGGUUUGUCUCAACAAUACAUUGAUGGCACUUGCCGAGGUUCUUCAGAUAGUGAAGGAAUUGGGUGUGGUGGUGUACAGCAUGGAUGAAAAGGCCAAAACAGGGGAAAGCUGUCUGGAAGUCUUUGAUGGAUGUAGUUCAGAUUUGGAUUACACGAGUAUGGUGAAGAUUCAUGAGUUCAAAGUAGCUUUUGAUUAUCUGCAGUCAGAAAAAGUUCAGAAGCUAAAAGCUUUGUCUGAUGGCGUUCACAGAGUGGUGCAGGAGAAGCUGAUGCUAGAGAAAGAGCAGGCAAAACUGCUGAAGCUUCUAGAGGAAACAAUUGACGAGAAGGACUUGACUGACCAGCAAAUGCUGGAUACCCAGACUGUAUGCCAGACCCUUCAGGAGGAGAUUGGGCAGCUGACGCAAGAGCUGGAGGAGGUCAAGGUGAUUGUGGUUGGCAAAGAAUCCCACCUUGAGAAAGUGCAGGAGGUGAAAAAGGGCUUUGAAUCUGACUUCCAGCAGUUUCGAAGCACUUUAACAUCUCUUAUGGAAGAGAAACAACAACUCUGCAAUGAAAAUGAACAUCUGAUGACCAAACUUGUGGAUUUUCAAGCCAUCCUUGAUCUUGAGAAAGAUUUCCACCUUACUCAGAUUAAGAAUUUGGAGGAAGAGAUAAAGGUGUUGCAAGACAAUGCUCAUAAAGAUACAAUUUUUAGGGAAGAAAUGUCGCAACAGAAAGCCAGAUUAGAAAAUGAAUUGUCUGAUUUGCAGAGGCGUCUAGAAAUAGAGAAACAAGAGCAAGCAGCCAGAACUGAUGCCCAGAAUGAAAAGAUGAAAGAUCUGCAGUCUUCACUCAAUGAAAAGGUGUCUAGCCAUUUGCUGGUAAACCAACAGCUGGAGGACUUGACAUCUCAGUUAGCAGCCAUGCAGGAUGAGUUAGUGAUAAGUAAUGAUAAGAAUGAGUCUUUACAGUCUAUUCACAGAAAAUUGAUAAGAUAUUCCCAUGACACCGAGAAGAGAAUUCAAGGUCUUGCUGAACAGUUGACUCUAGAACGUCAAACUAUUAAGAGUUUAAAUUCAGCUCUUUAUAAUAAAGAGACAGCCCUUUUGCAAGAACAAGAAAAAGUGUUAGAUUUAGAACAGUCCCUUCUUGAAAGAACCGAUGAAGUAGAAUCCAGAGAUAAAGAAUUAGAAGCACAGUUCCAGAAAAUGCUUGUGUUUAAAGAAAAUAUCCUUGAACUGAAUUAUGCUGAUGAGGAGAAGAGGAGCGAGCUGGAGACCCUGAGGGCUCAUAUGGAUGAGGCUUUGGACAAAGUUCAUAACCUGCAAAGUGAGAGGGAUGAGAUGGAAGAGAGGCUUUUAGAUUCUCAGGUGUAUGUGCAGCGAAGUGAACUGAGGCUUGAGCAACUGGAAAGCCUUGUGCAGAAUCUUGAGGCUGAAGUUCAUGAAUGGAAGAAGAAGUUCCAAGAAACCAGAGAUGUGUUAAUCAGCUCUGAGUCACAUUUCCACACAUGCCAGACAGAAAAUAAUGACCUUGCAUCACAGUUGCUAUCUGUUGAAGUGGAGUUGAAAGAAAAGCAGAAGGAAGUUUCUGGCUUGAUGGAGCAAUUAGAGAGGAUGGAAUUCAAUCUGGCCAACAAAAACUGCCUUGAGGAAGAUCUUCAGGUACUGAGAACUGAAUUACAGGAGUGCAGGAAGAACCUGGACUUGGUAGUUGCAGAAUGUAGUGAUUUAAAACAAAAUCUAAAUGAGUCAGAGGCACAGGAGUUAAGGUUGCAGCAGAGUAUUGAAGAGAAAGAUGAUAUAAUUAACGGUUUGACUGCAGAAGCCAUGAGUUUGAGUAGGACAAAGACAGACCUUGAAGCUUGCUUACAGUUUGCUAACGAAAAUGUCAUAGCUUUGAAGGGGGAACUUGAGAUGAGGGAUGAAGCUCUUGUUGAUAAAAGAGUUGAAAUAGAUGAUUUAGCAAAUCAAAUGCAUUCUUUAAGAGCUGAAUUGACAAAAGAAAUAGAGACAAGAAAUUGUAGAAUAGAUGAUUUGGAAAAGAAACUUGAGGGCAUUGGUGCGGAGUUGACACCUUCUCUGGGUACCCAGGAUGAAUCGCCACUCAAGGACCAGCAGGAGGUGGUGGUGGAAGCAGUUGGCCUGGCAAGUAAACCCCAAAAAGAAGCUGUGCAGGAAGCAAUUUUGACUGAGCAGCAGGAGUUCUCCCAUCAACAGAAAGAUACUCUGAACGUUUCAGUUUCGUUACUUACAGAUCGUCUACAUUCAUUAGAAACAGAGAACAUGCGCCUCCAGGAGCUUCUUCAGAAGAAGGAGAAGAUCAUUCAAGGUCUUCACCUCAAGAAAAGACAUACAGCAGCAAAGAACCAGCACCUUGCAUUACUGCAGACUACAGAGUCGGUCAAGCAAGUCCAGCAAGAGGAAGGAGCAGUGGUAGAUCACACAACAACCCUUAACGUUGCUGGUGUUCAGUCAUCCGCAGCAGCUUCUGACCUCAUCUCAGAGUCACAUGCUUCCACACUGCUGUCUGAGAAUACUGUAGGGAGUCAGCAUACAGGUGAGGCUUUACAGAAACUGCUAAAGGAGAACCAGUACCUCGUCAUUGAAAGGGAUACAAUGAAGGAGAUAUGUGAUGAAAAGGAUGCAGAGAUCAUCCAGCUUCAGACGAGGUUUUUUGAUGCAGAAUAUCAUUGGAAAGAAAUGGUAGCAGCAAAAGAGAGGGAAAUAGUCCGACUCUUAAAACAAUUUCAGGAAGAAGAAGACGUGUCUCAAGAUCUACAGAAAAAGAAGGAGAUUUUGGAGCAGGAUUCAGCAGAUACAAAUACAAAGCUUCUUCUCAUCUCAGAGGAAGCUGGAUUCCAUGAAACAACAUCAGAAGAGGAGAAUAAGAAGAUGCAAGAACUUUUAAAAGAUCUGCAGCAGCUUCGUGAUGAGAAACUCAUGUUGUCCCAGCAACUAGACAGCUAUGUUGAAUACAGCAGACAGCAGCAAGAAUCCAUUGCAUCCUUGCAAAGUCAGCUGCAGGACUUCAGUCGUGACCAGCAGGUUUCGCAGUCAGUUUUGAAAGACAAAGAUUCCAGUUUAGAACGAGAGAACAAGAGGCUGGCUUACGAAGUCCGAAACCUAGAGGCGCAGGUGUCAUCACUGAAAGAGAAUCUAGGGAUUAUGGAGAUGGAAAGACAGGGACGAAGCGAGCACCUCAAGACAUAUCUGAAUAGAUGCCAGCAGCUGGAAGAAGCAUUAAAGGAGAUGGCAGCUGAAGCACAAGACCUGAAGCAAAAGCUGUCAGAGAAAGUACAGCAGCUGAGUGUGACGGAGGAUGUCAUGAAGGGUAUGUUAGGAGAAAAGGAUGCUGACCAGAAAACAGUAUUGAUGUUGUCUUCAGAACUGGAAACUGUCAAGAAAGAAAACACUUUCAUGAAAAAGGAGCUGUCAGAGCUGCAGAAAACUUUAAAGAAGCGGGAGGCUAGGCUGUCCAAGCUGACCAAGGAGCUGAAAGGUGCAAAGACUUCAGAAGGUACUGCACAACUGGGUGAAAGUUCAUCUGAAAUGGGCUCCUCCCAGUUUGGGUCCCAGUAUCUAUUUGGUAGUGUAGACACUCUCUCCUCAAGUGCACAUGAAGACAGUAGCAUUAACAAGACUUUAGAUAGCAGCGAACUGGUUACAGAAGCUGAUGAACUUUGUAGCGACUUUGCAAGUGCAAGUGCCAAAAGUCAGAAUCCAGAGACAGAAAGCUUGCGGCAGGCACUUUCUUACAAAGCUCAGCAACUUUUAGCAGCUCAAGCUGAGCUGGAAGCCAUCAAGAAACAAAUGAAGAGAAAAGAUGCCAAACUUCUUUCUUUGACUAAGAAGCUGAAGAAUACAGAAGCUACACCAGAGACCAAAGCAAUGGGAGAUGUAAGAGAAACAGUGGACACACCACCAUUAACUCCCAGCACAAAGUCCACACCAGGUGCUGACUUCCAAGACUUCCAAGAAGUUGUUCGGGAGAGGGAUCGGCUGGAAAUGCUUCUCAGGGAUACAGAGGACUCUCUGCAUCAGGCGGAAGAGAGAAAUGACAUUCUGGAGCAGGACUUAGAAGACCUGGAGGCCAGGUUGCAGAAGGUGGAGCUAGAGAGAGGUCACAUGGAGUCAGACCUCAUGGACAUUCAGGCCAUUGUUUACCGGAGGCCACGGUCUGACUUCACCUAUGUUAUCAAUAUGCGAGACACACUGGCUAGACUACAUCAACUCCUUGGAGAGCGAGUCCCUGCAGCUGGCCAUUUUGGAGAGCAAAUUGUAGACUUGCAGUGGGAAAGAGACAGCCUCUGGGAGCGCUUGAACAAGGCAGAGAAGUAUAUCCAGCAAUGUGAAGAAGACAAAAAUGCUUUGGGACAAAAGUGUCAAGCCUCCAGCAUAGAGCUGCAACAAGCUGCUGAACGAGAUCAAGCACAGAUACAACAAAUUCAAGAGCUGCAGCAGCAGCUUGCUGAUGUGCAGGAUGCUGCUGGUGUCAGUGGAGAGAAACAAUUAAAGGACUUCUUGGCUGAGAUGGAUCAGCUACAGAAAGAGAAGCAGAGUGCAUUGGACAGCCUGCAAAAUGCAGUCACAAAGAUUGAGCACUUGGAGAGGGAGAGGUGUGCCUUGCAGGAGAGCCUAGACCAGGUGCAGAGAGAUCUGGCUGAUGCGGAUGGUUAUUACAGGCAAAUACAUGAGGACCUCAACAUUCAGCUUCAGCAACUUGAGUCACAGGUUUCGGAGCUUCGUCAGGAAAACGCUAGCCUUGUCGCACAAAGAUCUGCAACACAAGAUGAUAUUGUAAAACUUGACAGUGACUACAGAAGGGUUAACGAAGCCCUCAGCAAGGCUGCGCAUGAUCGAGAUCUGGCCGAAAAGCAGCUUUCUGCCAUGGAGAAAGAUGUGGACUAUCAGAGAACAAGGGCAGAGAAACUGCUCAAGUUGCUUCGUGAAAAAGAAAGUAGUGAAACAUCAGCAACUGAAAUGGUGACUCAUCUGCAAAGUCAGGUAGAGCUGUCUCGGAAUGAAGUCCAUGAUCUUCAGCAGAUCCUCACCAUCCUCCAGCAGCAAGAAGCAGCGGCUAAAGAAGAGGCUGCGAAGUGUCAGAGUCAGUUGUUGUGUAAUUCACUGGAGUCCGUCACCAAAGCAGAGAAAAUCUCCUCACUUGAAGAGCAAGUAGCCAUUUUAAAACAGGACAUGGUCUCCAGAAAUGAAGACUUCCUAGAACUGGAGAAGAUUGUGUCAGACUUAAAGCAUGAGCUGCAAUUAAAAGCUGCCACUGAAGAGCAGCAGCAGCUGGAGCUUUCAGCAGCUGUGAACAAACAUGAGCUGAUGCAGCAGAUUCAGAUGCUGACAGGACUUCAGCAGCAGGCUGAAAUAGAGAGGGACAGUGCUUUAGCCAGCCAGGAGCUAGUCAGGAAUGAGCUGACUCAACAGAUAAAGCAUUUGCAGCAACAGCUGGAUGAUAGUAGACAGUUAUCGGCAAACUUAGAGAAGCAGCUGUUGACAGUUGAACAGGGCCAGCAAGAAGGUCUGUGGAGCCAAGAGUCUCAGUUCAGGGAGAUGCAGCAGAAGCUCAGUGAGUGGGAAGCUUACUGCACACAUCAGGACCAACAGAAGCAGCAGCUGGAGGAGCAUGCAAGACAGCUGCAGCUGCAGUGUUUGGAGUUUACAGAGCAGAGCCAGCAUUACCAGGAACUGAUACUGCAGCUUGAGGGGCGAAUAAACAUUCUGGAGCAGCAACUGUUGGCUGUAACCAAAAGAGCUGAUCAGGAAGAUCGACUGAAGGCAAAUCUAGAAGCCAGAGUUGUGGAGCUGGAGUCAGAAUUACAAAGUAAAAUUCAUGCUUUCACAGAAGACAUAGAAUCUCUACGCUUGCAAGUGGAGGUGGAGAGGCAGAUGGUGGUUAAUCUGGAUGCUGAAGUGAAGGCAGAAAGAGUGGCUGUUCAGGUUAGUGAAGCAGAGAAGUUGCAGCUGAUGUUGAAACUGAAGGAGACUGAGGAAGAACUUUCAGCAGUAAGUCAAACCAAAGAGGAAACGGUCAGAAAACUUUCUGAUUUGAACAGUGAACUUAGUCGGACAGCUAGUCACUCUGAGGAACUGCAGACACAGAUUCUUCAGAAGGAUAGAGCAUUUGAAGGUGUCAGUGACUUGCUAGUGUCAUCACAGAAUGAGCUUAAGAGACUGAAUGAUGAGCUGCAGCAGUUGACUGAAAGGAAUACAGCACUUCAAGCUCAGAAUGCCUUUCUGCAGCAGGAACUGCAUACAGCUCGUCAGAAUCUGCACGUGACUGUUGAGAAACUGAGAUCCAGCGAGUCAGGCUCCAGAGCUUGUGAGAGCAGUGCUGCACAGGAACUUCAUAGUAAAAUAGCUGAAAUGCAGAAAUCCCUCAAGAAAAAGGAUGCCAAAGUUACUUCGCUCACCAAACAGCUAACCAAAAGUCAAGACAAGAUGGAAAUCCUGUCCAAAGAGCUUGAGCAAGCCAAAGAAGAGAUUGCCCAUCUGUGUUCCCAUUCAUCUGAGCAUUCUUCAGUCGCAGAUUUGACCAGCAAACAUGCUGUUGCAGACUAUUUCGCAACACAAGCGCCGGAUGAAAAUGUAUUUGCUAGUUUCUUUCCAAGCAGCGAUGCUGCACAUAACCAGAUACUUGCAGCAGAUUGUGCCACCAAAGAAAAAGUCCAGCUUUGCAAUGAGGAACCAAAGAUGACUGCUCUGAAGGCGACAGAUUCAGAGACUGAUGAUCUAAUAACACAGCUCAGGUCACAGCUCCAGGCAAAGGAAGUACAUGUGGCUGACCUAACACAGACCAUUGAGACAUUUCAAGAACAGCUGCAGAUGUAUGGCCAGUCCAUGGAGGCCCUGCAGAGCCAGGUCAGCCAACUGGAAGAGCAGAAAGAGGUUGCAGAACAGUUGGCUGAUUCACAAGCCAUUCAGAUGAGAGAGCUGAAAGACAAACUUGCUGAAGCACUAUCACAGAAAGAAGAGUCUGAGAAGACACUUAGCAAUAUUCAAAGUGACCUGGAUACAAAACUGUCAGAGGCAUUGUCAGCAAAGGAGGAAGCUGAAAGCAGUUUGAAUAAGCUUGACCAGCAAUUAGGGGAACUUGGUGCCAAGUUUUCAGAGUCUGUGAUGGAAAGGUCAGAGCUGGAAAAUAAGGUUGUCAAGAUGCAUGACCUGCUAGCAGAACUAGAAUCCAGGCUGUCGGCAGAACUGUCAGAGAAGUCAAGAGUAGAAUGUGAGGUGCAGACUCUGAACCAGCAGCUGACAGAGAUUAAGUCACAGCUAUCUGAUGUGUCUUCAGAGAAGGAGGAGGCUGAGGCAAGUGCCAUCAAACUAAAUGAUCAAUUGUCUGAAAGGCACCUAAGCUAUCUGAGGUUUUUGAUAGCAAAAGCUGAAGCAGAGAACAAAGCAGAGAGGCUUGAGUUGGAGUUGAGAACUUCUAGAGAACAUCUCAGUCAGCUUCAAUUAUUGUCCGAGCAGUCAUCUGAUGAACUAAGCAAAGAGUUGCAUGGUCGCUUGGAGGAGAAUGCUGCCUUGCAAAAUCAGCUUCUAUCAUUCAAGCAGGAACUUUGUGAGGUCAAGGACCAGCAGAGACUGAUUGAAGAAGAGAAGAAUAUGUUGCAGGUUCAGCUGGCUUCCAGUCAGCAGGAGCUUGAGAAUCUGAAGGAAACUCUAACCUGUGUCCAGAUAGAAAGAGACUGUCAACAGGCUGAGAUGGAAUCUGUGCAAAAUCUGAAGAGAAAUAUGGAAGAACAAGUGAGUGAGCUUAAGAGUGAAGCAGCUGCUGCUCACGAACAGUUGAGGGAGUCUCAGGAAGCGAAGCUGUCAGCUGAGUCAAGGGCACUGCAGCUCCAGCGAGAAGUAGAGGCAUUGUCAGAAACAGUACCAUCCUCAGAUUCCUUGUUGGCAGACCUUGCCAGGCUGCAGCAAGAGAAAUCCUCAUACUCAACACAUGUGGAGGAACUGGAGGAAGCACUGACAGCUCUUGCGGUUAAGUAUGAUGGCAUACUGGCUGCCUCGGAACCAGUGCGUGCAGAGCUGGAAACUGUCCAAAAUCAGCUGAUGGCAUCCCAGGACCAUUCUCGUGAAAUGGAGGUUGCUGUUAGUGACCUCACAAAACAGCUAGAAGAAUCUCAGUCCCUUUGUGCCUCGCAAAACAUGGCCAUGAAAGCAGUGCAGUCAGAUCUGGAGCAGGCUCAGUCAUCUUUGCUAGCCUGUCAGUCACAGCUGCAGGACACUGAAGCUGCUCUGUCAAAAGAGCUAGCAGUUGUCCGAGAAGACAAUCGUGACUUGUUGGAAAAAUCUUCUAUGUUGGAGGAGCAAAUAGCUGAGCUGAAGGCCCAACUGCUGGACCAGAGUGGCUCUGAGACAAAGAUGCAGCACAUGCUAGAAACCACAAACCAGCAGCUGUCGGAGAAGGAUGAUCAAGUGGAUAAUUUGCAAGAAAAGCUUCAGAUAGCCAGGAACCAGAUUGCAGAUCUGACACAGAAACUGCACACAAAGGAGGAGAAAAUGAUGUCCCUUGUGGAGACCAUGCGGGAGAUGGAGGAGCGACUUGAGCAGCUCACAGCUGAGGCUGAGGAAGGAAAUAGACAGGCCACUGUGCCUGGCAGUCUAGCUGCUGAACAGGAGAAAUUGGUGUCCGAUAAAGAACUGACUUUGAAGAAAGCCUUGGCUACUGUCAAAAAGCUCAAGUAUCAGUUAGAGCAAACAAAUACAAAGGUGCAGCAGCUCACUCAGGAAAAAGAAGCACUUGAGCAACAAAUAGCACAACAACAGGAAAUUCCGUCCUCAUUUGUCGAAGUAGCAGCGAUCAAAGAGCAGAAAGUCAUAGCUGAAGAGAAACUCCAAAGCUCUGAAAAUGUUGGUACUGGCCGAAUAUUAGCAGAUGCAGACCAGCACCCAUUAGAGCUUCAAGAACUAAAGAAGCAGGUGCAAGCAAUCAGUGAAUACUGCCAGCGUCUUCAAGAACAGGUUCAGACCUUGACAGAGAGUAACCAGCUUGCAGAGAGCUCAAAACUUUCUGCUCUUCAACAACUAAAACUGGAGCAGCAAACAGCAGAGAAAGCUACGCAGGAAGUAUCUUUUCUGCAGCAGCAGUUGUCCAGUGCAGAGCAAGAGCUCACCCAGAACCAGGAAGAAUUACUUUCUCUUCAGGAACAGCUUGUCCAACUCAAACAGGAACAAGUAAAGACAGAGAAACUGAAAGAGGAAGACUCACUGCUGAAAGAACAGAUGUCCAGCCUAGACCAGGAGCUUGCCAGUGCUAAGCAAGAGAUUCUUAGCCUUCAGGAGCAGCUUACCCUCAGGCAGGAGGAUUUGGACCAGGUACGACAAGAUUAUGCCAGUCUGCAGGAACACAUGGACCAGAUGCAGGAGGACUCGGACAAGACACUGGGUCAACUUGAUUCACUCCAGCAUUCCUUGAGUGAGGCACGCCAAAGUGCGGAGAAAAUGCAGCAAGAUAACACCAGUCUGCAGAACACUGUGACAGCUAUUGGGCAGGAAGCAGAGAAGGCUCAGCAAGAAGCAGAAAAAGCUCAUCAAGACUUAAUGUCAGUGCAGGAGCAGCUCUUGCAGGCCAAGGAAGAGGCAAGUCAAGCAGUGGAGCAAUGCUCAUCCCUGAAGCAAAUGCUCAGAGAACGGGAGGAGAAAGUGCAACAACUGCAGCAAGAAAGAGACAGUUUAUGUGAGCAGCUAGCAGAAGUGGAGUCUUUAAAGUUCUCUGUGGAAGAGAAGACCAGGCAUGUGGAGCAGCUUACGCUGGCUGUGGAGGACAUGAGGAGUGCCAAGAUAGAACAGGCUCAACUGAAGGAGGACUUUGACCAGCAGGUGACCUCCAUGCUGUCGGUGGUGGAGACUUUGCGAGGCAACCUCAGCAAACGGGAUGAGGAGCUAGAGGAGAUGAUGAGGGAGAUGUUGAGCUUGAAGGAGAGGUUGGCAGAACGUGAAGGAGAAGUGUCCAGUUUGCAGGAUAACCUCAGAGAUGUGCAGGAUGUGAUUGCAGUGACCAAACUGGACCUGGAAGCAGUCACUGGUGAUUUUAACAAUCGUAGCAAGGACAUGGAAGCACGUAUCAGUGAGUUGGAAAAUGAGCGAGAUGCUUUGAGGGGUGAGCUUCAGGCAGAGAAAGACAGGACCCAGGAGACACUGACACAGCUGUCCGAGGCUCAGAACAAAGAAGCUGCCAUGGCUGCAGAAGCAGAAGCAUUGAGAAGCACAUAUCAAGAACAGAUAAAAUCGCUGUCUGCAGAGCUUGCUGAUGCCAGGCAGCAAAUGGCUCAGUUGGAUGAGGUGAAUGUAUCUCUUGUAGCAGAGCUACAGAAUAAAACCAGUGAUCUACAAUCUUUGGAGGACUUGCAUUGUCAGGUCCGGUCACUUAAUUCAGACAUUUUGACGUACCAGCAGCAGAUAGAGGUGCUGAGUAAAGGUCAUCAAAGAACUUCAAGUGAAGAAUCUGAAAAACAGUUGGAACCAGCUGCCGAGAGUGAUAGUUUCUCACAGAUACAGGCCUACCAACAGGAGAUAGAAGAUCUUAAAGAACAGCUUGCACAGGUCAAGCUGGCAAUCAAGGUUCCUGCUUUGAGUAAUGAGUCGACCAUGGAACUGAAACCCCAACUUGAUCAAAUGGUUACUGAAAAAACAGACAGGGAAACCACCAUACAGGACUUGCAGGAGUUGGUCCAGCGCCUGCAGGCUGAAAAAUCCUCUCUUACUGCCUCUUUGGACCAGACACAAGAAGAACUGGAGCAGGAGCAGCAGGUGGUGCUUCAGAAGGAUGCAGACUUGGCCAGCCUGCGUUCUGCUACUGAUGCUCUAGGUGCUCAACUGAAGCGAGCGCUGCAAGAGAAGGAGAAGCUGCAGCAGCAAAAAGAGCAGCUGGAAAUGGACUGCGAUACUUUGAGGGGAGAGAUCGAGGGUAUGGAAAAGAUCAUCGCGGAUGCCCAGUUUGCUGAGACGGAUUCGGUUGGAGAGCGCAGGCGACUGCAGCAGGAUUUGAACAAGGUGCUGCAAGACAAUGCUGCUCUCAAAGCUCAAAUAGAAGAGCUGCAGACAUUGUCAGCGCAGAAACAGCAACAAAGUGCAGCAGAAAACAGCAGUGGGAAUGAUUCAUGGGACUGGGGAGUGCAGGUCGCUGUGGAAGAGCCUGUGGUUAUACAGCAGAGUCUGCAGCAGGCAGCACCAAAGCCACUCCAUUCCAGUGAAGUGAUUUUACAAGAAGUCAGACAGCAGUACCAGAGGCUGCAGCUAGAGCAUGACAAGGUACGAAAUCGACUGCAGGUGAAUGAAAUAAAAUGUGAGAAGAUGCUAGUCAAGUUGAAAGCUUUUAAAGAAAAGAAUGAACGCUUGCAACUCACUCUGGAUGAAACUCAGAGGAACUCCGAGCGCCAGCUUUGGGAAGUUCGUCGUGGCCUAGAGGAGCAGCUACAAGGACUGCGCAUCCGGCUGAGAGAUGUUGAAACUUACAAUGGACAACUCAUACAUGAAAACAACACUUUGAAGGAGGCAGCAGCCAAAGCAUCCGGAGUUGCUUCUGACACAGAAGAGCUGAAGCGACUGCAGUUAGUGGUGGCUCAGCUACAGAGCAGAUGUCAGGUUCUGAGUGAGGAGAAGACUACUUUAGAGGCUGCCCAGCAACAGGAGCUUGCUGAGGCCAACGCCCAGGUGCAGAAAGCUCAGCAAGAGAUGGAGCAGCAUAGAAUUCUGGCACAGAACCUGCAGCAAGAGUUGGAGCGAUUGAAACGAGAGAAAGCAGAUAAGCUGCAGGAGGCUUCAUUGGCUGCACAGCAGAGUCAGCAGCUGCUUCAGACUGAGGUUGAGAGUCUGCAGAACCAACUCAAAGACUUGCGUAAACACUACCAAAUGCUUCAGGAAGACAACAACCAGUACCAAGAAGUCCUUGCUUCUCUUACAACCACCAACAAAGAACUCAAGCGCCAGGUGGAACAACUUCAGUUUGACCUCAGCAAGACAACAAAGUCACCAUUGCUGACAGACAUUCCUGCUGUUUCUUCCAUUUCACCUCCAGCCUCUGCAGACAUUCCAGACAGUAAUUAUGUCAGCCAGAAAGACGUGCAGAACCUGGAAAGGCAGGUCCAACAGCUGGAGACGGAGAAGCACGAUCUCACAGAGGAGCUGGAAGGGGUGAUGGAAGAAGCAAUUGCUUUGAGGCGGGAGAAGCAGCAGCUUGCUAUGCGCGUUGGUGAUGUUGUUCAUCAGAUAUCACAGCUACAAGAACAGCAUAAAGUGGAGGUGAUGGGGCUGCAGGAACAGAUUAGUGGCCUGACCUGGAGGCUGGAGGAGGCCUCUGGCUGGGAGGAGGAGGUGGAGGACUUGAAACAGCAGUUGGAAGCAUCGAGCACCAGUAAACACACCGAGCUGCUGGCAGAAAUCUCCAGGCUGACCAUCAUUGCUGACAAGGCUGAGUCUCUUGAUACUCAGUUGCUUGAGCUUCAAAGGGAGGUGAUUGAAAAGUCUAAAGAGCUGGAGGAAACCAGACUCAUUGUGAGUGUGAAGGAAGAGGAAAUUGUGUCACUUAAGGACAGUCUUUUGAAGGCAAACAAAGAAUCUUGCAGGCUUAAGGGAGAUUUAGAUGUGCAGAACGAAAAAGUGGCGGGACUGGAUGAACAGAUAGUGGCACUGACGCAAGAGUUGGCAGACUCACAGGGAGAAGCUAGCAAGCUUAGGCGACAGGCUGAUCUGUUCACAGCUAAGCUAGACACAGUGCAGUCUCUCGAGUUGGAUUUUGAGUCAUUGAGUGAGGAGUACCAUGGAGUGCUCAGAGACAAUUCAGCCCUUGUGCAGCAGAUUGAGGUACUUCACAGACGCAUUGAGGAACUUUCGCGACAGGACCAAGAAGCAGCAUUGGACCAAGGACGACGAGAGCAUUUUGAACGUGAGAUCGACCGCUUGAACCAACGAAUCAUGGAGCUGGAGGAACAGGUGGCAUCUCUCUUGACUACUAACACUCACUUAAAACAAGAACUGGCUGCAACCUCCUCCAAUGUACAGCAGCUGACCUUUCAGCAUCAGGCUCUGCAGGCCCAGUGUCAGUUGACACCAACCGCUGGAGAUGAUGCAGCGGACUAUGACAGGCUACAGGAGCAGUUUCGUAAGGUACUGGAGGAGAAAAACCAGCUACAGGAGGAGGUAAAUCAGGACCAGCAUUCUCUCCAGCAGAGGGAGGCACGAUGCCAGCAGUUGGCCAUGCAAGUUGGUCAACUGGUGGAGGACCGUACAUAUCUCAAUACACAGCUGGGCACCCUGUCCAGGUCGCUGAGGGAGAAAGAGGCUGAGUGGAUUGCUAUGAGACAGCAAUACUCUAGUCUGCACCAGGCACACAUAGCUACCCAGGCAAAGGUUGGAGAACUAGAGCGUCGAGUGGCUCUGGAAUCACUUCAGAAAGAUGUUGAUGUGGAGGAGAUAUCAAAAGCUGAUGAAUCCAGACACCAGGCUCUGCAGGAAAGAUUGGAAGCACUGAAUGCCGACUACCAAAAAGCCAUACACAACUUGCAUUUAGUGGAAGAUCAACUGGCCAGAGAAAGUGCAGCCAAACUGCAAGCUGAACGUGCCCUAGGAGAGGCCCAGGAACACAUCAGGUUACAAGCAUCAGGUUCUUUACAUGAGAUCAAGCUGGAGAUGGAAGAGGAACUAGAUAACAGGAUCCCAGAAACAUCAGCAAUGCUAACUCGGCAUGGCAUGGGAUAUGUGCAGAGACUGCAAAGACUUUUGAGAGUAAGAAGCCGACAGUUAUCCCGCCUCAUGCGUCUGCGGCCUGGGAUACGAACUCUUAUCUGGGUCUACUUUAUUUGCCUGCAUCUCCUGAUAGUUGGCUGCUUUACAGGGAUCUUAUGACAGCACAUCUACUGAUGGUGGUCUGGUUUAUGGGGAUCUUGUGACAGCACAUUUGAACCUGUGAUGUUUAAUGUACACGCGGCUGUGAUCACUUGCAUUGACAAAAACUAUUGACAUUUGACCUACACAUCAAUGCAAGUUCAUGCCAUUUUUCCUCUAUUGACAUUUGACCUACGCAUUUCUGCAAGUUAAUGCCAUGCUGCCUAAUCAUGUUUCAUCAGGGUUCCAAAUUUAUGAACAUUGUUUGAAAUUUAUAGAAAGGAACAUAUGGUGUAAAUGGCUUUAAUUUGUGAGCUGAAUGAGAGGCACAGUUUUAAAAAAAAAUAGUGAUGUUUUGUGGCGUUGUAGCAUUUGCAAAAAAUAUUUUUGGAGUGCAGCUGUCAGUUUCAAGAGGGAUGUAUGGUGUUAAAAUACAUUUACCGCUAUGUUCAGAAAUGAUUAAGAUUUUAUUUUUCAUUUUGUUUGAUACAGUUGUAUUUGUGCAAGAUAUGUAUUUUUGAUGCAUCCUAAGCCCUCUGACUUCACAAGCCAGGGUUUGGACAGGCAAGAUCUGUUUUUAAACUGCAGUGCAUUGUAAUUAAUGAGGGUGUGUGCGGCGGUCUUAAGCUUAACCGUGUGAGCUCACCAUACAUGCUAUUUAAGCAUAUCUAGCAUAUUGCUAGCCAGUCGCCUUGUCAGCAGAGGCAUGUAAUUAAUUUGCCUGGCAAAAGGUGUUGGGCAAUUUUAGAUACCAUGUAGAAUAGUGAAAUUGUGAUACUUGUUUUCACACAUCUGUGUUAUGGGACAGCCUGCUCAGAUGUGCAGUAAGUGCAUGUGAUGAAUGUUCACCAUUGAUAUGCAAAGUUUUGCAUUAUUUUCACUUUUUCUUCCAUUAGUCCGACAUUAAGGGGAUAAAAUUGGGCUUUCAUUGUGACUAAGGUUGUGUCAUGUUUUCACUUUUUUGAAUAUUUCAAAAAAAUCAUUAUCAAAAUAUUAAUCUGAUUUUUGCAUGCUUCUGUUUAUAAGCAAUUGCUACGUCGUGUUUUAUUUAAUGGAAUAUCACAUCCCUCCUGAUCUGAACAUGGGUUAUGUGGUGGCAUUGGGUUAGCCUAGCUUCUAGCAACCUUGCAUAUUGUAGGCCUGGCAUGUGUUAUGAUCAACUCAUCAGCUUUAGUGUCAGGGAAAUCUUUGUACAGAGAGUUUAUUUUUGUGACAUGUACAUACUUAACAGUCACAAAUGUCUCCAUGAAGACCUUGACCAGCUGUGACCAGUAGUUUUUAUAAGCACAGCAUUCCUGCUAGUUUUGUCUAGAGUCUUGUAUACCCUGCUAUACAUUUCGUGAAACAUUCCAGAUGUUAGUAGUGCAUCUUGCAUGAUGAAGUGGGGAUGGUUGCAAUUGAAACAUGAACAUAUAUAAUAUAUAUUGUCUAUAGUAAUGUUUAUAUGUUAACCUUAUCUGAUUAAUUUUUUUAAAUAUCAACUCCAAAACAUCCUGGCAUAAUUUCUGUCUGGGAGAUAAUACAGUGAAAUCCUAUGGGAAAGAUUUUCCAACUGCUUGAAUGACCAUUAGGUGGCGAGUUUACAAACCUAUAUGGAAAUUGUGGCUUGCAGCUUGUUUACAGUUGAGAUGUUUGGGUUAGAUAAGCCUAUGAUGAAUUGCCAUGUUGGUAAUGGUUGAUUUAUUAAAAGAAAAUGUUUCCAUGUGUGCACAAUCUGCCACUAGUUGGAGAGCCAAUGCUUCCUUGCAGUUCGCCAAAAUGCACAUUAUACUAAAACUCAAAUCGCAAAACACCUUCACGGUGAAGUCAGGUGUUGAAAGGGCUGCAUUGCUAGUUGAUGCCUGUUUGCACGAUCAUUUUGAAAUGUCUUAAAAGAUAUAACACCACCAUCAUUGUAGUGUAGCUCUGGCAUUUAAGCUCCCAUCAGAACCCUAACAGUGCACUCAAUGGCAUUUUGUGUAAGAACAUGUUAACUGCACACAACAUCUAGUAGCUUCUGCUGUAACAAUCUCCCCUACGUCUCAGUGAAGAUCAAAUGACAGGCUACAUACACCUCAUCUCUGCAUAGCAAUAGUUACUUCACACAGGAUUAACAACUAUGUCUGCAUUUACUAGAGGUGGCAAGCUAAUUUUUAGAACUUCUUCCCAUGAUCACAUUUCAUUAUGACAUGUCCACAGCAUUUUACAAAUUGUAACUUACAAUUUCUUGCUCAUUGACCAAUUAAACAUUUUUUGUCUCAACCAUG